AUGGACGUGUUACUUGAAGAAAGUACUACGGAAAAAAUACCAAUUCUGUUAGAAGACAUAUGCAAAGAAUUAUUAAGUCAAGACAAAUCUUUAGAUACACUUCAAAAGGAUUUAUUUUUUGUUUUGAUCGUGGUUAUAAUGAGAGAAAAUGGUUUUUUACCUAUAUCUCAAGAUGGCCGUGUGCCGUUAUUGUGCGCUGAUGAUUUGGAGGUGAAUAGAGCCGUGGAGGGGCCGCGGGUGGCGCGCGACGGGCCGCCGUGGCGGUGCUACGGACCCAUGCUCACUCACAGUCGAUCUGAUGGCGAUUUUCCCAUAUACACAAGAGGUGAGCGUACUCCGUUACAGCGUCCUCACUCAGAGGCCUUGAACUUUGGAGACUCGGAUCGUCUCACUAUCGCGACUGCUACGGUUCUUUAA